CACAUUAGCUGAUCCACAGCGGCUGUGGGAAGUUUGUUGCCAGGUGUCUCAGCAGUGCACGAAGCCGAACCUCGGACAGGGACCAGCGGACAUCAGAAAAUGAGCUUCUUAUUCGGGAAUCGUUCAUCUAAGACGUUUAAGCCGAAGAAGAAUAUUCCUGAAGGGUCUCAUCAGUAUGAGCUGCUCAAACACGCUGAAGCCACCCUGGGCAGUGGAAACCUGCGUAUGGCCGUCAUGCUGCCCGAAGGAGAAGAUCUAAAUGAAUGGGUGGCUGUAAAUACUGUGGAUUUCUUUAACCAGAUUAACAUGCUGUACGGCACCAUCACAGACUUCUGCUCAGAGGACAGCUGCCCGGUCAUGUCUGCAGGACCAAAAUACGAGUAUCAUUGGGCAGAUGGGACCAACAUUAAGAAGCCCAUUAAAUGCUCUGCUCCCAAGUACAUCGAUUACCUGAUGACGUGGGUUCAAGACCAACUGGAUGACGAGACGCUGUUUCCAUCUAAAAUAGGUGUUCCCUUUCCCAAGAACUUCAUGUCUGUGGCCAAGACCAUCCUGAAGCGUCUGUUCAGAGUUUAUGCUCAUAUUUAUCAUCAACAUUUUGACGCAGUGAUGCAGCUUCAGGAGGAAGCUCACCUCAACACCUCUUUCAAACACUUCAUCUUCUUUGUACAGGAGUUUAACUUGAUCGACCGCAAGGAGCUGGCACCGCUUCAAGAGCUGAUCGAGAGACUCACAACGAAAGACAGAUAAACCGAGAAAAAGACAAGCAAACCAGUGGUCCUGCUCUCUCCUCUGACUCUCCCUUCUGUCUUUUAUUUUGCUUAAGUACAGUAACCCCACAGCAAUGCUAGACAUACCAUAGUAAACUUACAGCACAAAACUAACACUUCAAGAUGCAUCGUUGGCAUUUUUUGAGGAUGCCUGGAUGAUUUUUUUCAGUUUCUCAAGUCAUACUGCUUUCGUUUGGUCACUGAAAAGCAGGAGUAGACGUGAUUUGCACUCUUUCGGCUAGUGUGAAUGUUUUAAAAGCUGUUUGAUUCUUCAGCAUUGAAAAUACAAGAGAAAUGAUAAGAGUUGAAUAGCUGUUUUCCUAUGCAAUAAUGAUAUUGUUACUGAUAAUAAUGGACGGAACCGUUCAUAUCAGUUAUUUCCAGCUCGUCUCCUCGUUCUGUGGAUUUAAUAUCGGUCGCUAUGAAGGUUUACUUUAGCCAGUGAAUAUGAAUUGUGCAUGCUGGAAUUGCUGCUUUGUUGGACCCAAAUGGCUGAUGGGGAUUCAUAUCUUACGCCGCGUGGCACAAAGAAAUGUAUGAUAAUUAUAGCUCAAAGAGAGUCUCGGAGAAGACGCUUGUUUUUGCACAAGCCUAUUUCAGUUUCUGUUCAUACAGCAUUGAAUUUGCUCAGUUAUUUAUAUCUGUUUAAUUAUCAGAGUAUUUCAGUUGCAUGAGAGUUGAGUUAUCUGAAAUAUGCUUAUAGUCCGUUCUGAAAUAUUAUGGUUUUGUUGGUAUUAGAUUGUUAGGAUUAGAUUUCCAGGCUUUUUUUUCUACCUCCUUUCUUUUAAUCUUCAUAUUUGUUCUUAUAUUAACACUUUUAUUGUUGUGUUUGACAAACUUUUGUUCGUUUUAGGCUUAUGUUGAGGAGUUUAUGUUGUUUGACGAAUGUAAUCGUUUGACUUUUAAUGGUUUAAUGGUGAAAGUGCCAACCGCAGAUUAAUAUGAGACAGUUUUGAUGUAUUUAUAGAGCAUUUUUGUCACUGAAAUGAGAAUAUAUUUUCCCGGAAUUGUAAAAUAAUAUUGGGUUAGAUUAGAUAUGUAAAUACUUGCAGAUUUCUCUGAUUUCCUGAUGAUUAUUAUACUAGUUGAACUUUAUUAAAACAAUAUCGCUAACUGCUGUUAUUGCUGUAAAUAGAGCCAAUAAAAACCCUUCUCUUAA